ACAACUGCGCAAUGCGCAUUUUACUUUCGAUUUUGAUCAACCUUUCGAGGGUUUGUUCCGCAUCUGUCACCUUUUAAUCCGGGGCGCAUUUACCGUCCUUGGUGUUCUCAAAUAUGAAGUACAUGGUGGUUUAUAUCAUUCUGGCUGCUGUUUACUGGAAAGUGGACUCCAAGAUACAAUCCCCAAUGGUCCAAGUAUACAGCCACAAGCCGGGAAAGUUCGGCGAGCCGAACAUCCUGAUCUGCCACGUCAGUCAGUUCCACCCCCCUGACAUCACCAUUCAGUUGUUCAAGAAUGGAAAGGAGAUGGUCGAUGCCAUCGAGGCCGACUUGAGCUUCGGAAAGAACUGGCACUUCCACCUGACCAAGCAUGCUCCCUUCACGCCGAUGAGGGAUGACAAAUACAUCUGCAAGGUCACUCAUUCGUCGGAUCCUCCCAAGUUUAUUGACUGGGAUCCCAGCAUGUGAGCAGGGGCCAGUUAUUGCAUCACAAUACAGCCCAAAUCCUUGAUUGGCCACGAUGACGCAUCUUCUGCAUUCUAUCUUCUGCUACAGGUGUUGGUUUCAGCUUGCGGACAUUUUCAAUCAACUUCUUCAUCAACUCAGUCAUUACACCCAAUCCGAUCCCUGAACUCAAAAUUAGUUAUUUAUGGGUCAUAUCGUUCCCAAGGAAAUUGUGACAAUAAUUCAGAUUGAGUGUUCUGUUCGCUGUCCUGGAAUUCAUUUUUAGGAACGAUGAGAUUUUUUUGAGGGGGAGGGGGGUUCAUGUGCGGUUUGUAACUCAUGAUCAAGUAUCCAUCCAUCCAUCCAUCCAUCCAUCUUCUGUCAAGGGGGCAAUAGCUUUAGCAGGUAAGCCCAGACUUCCGUCUCCCUAGCUACUUCUUCCAGCUCUCCCCGGGGGUUCCCGAGUCGUUCCCAGGCAAGCUGGCAAUAGUUCUCCAGCGUGUCCUGGGUCUUCCUCGGGGUCUCCUCCCGGUGGGACAUGCCCGGAACACCUCACCGGGCAUGUUACCAGUGAGGCGUUCAGGAGACAUCUGAAUCAGAUGCCCAAGCCACCUCAUCUGGCUCCACUCAUGAACAAGACCCCAAGAUACUUGAACUCCUCCACUUGGCGCAAGAUGUAUUGCCCAACCCGGAGGGGGGCACUCCACCCUUUUCCGACUGAGGACCACGGUUUCAGAUUUGGAGGUGUUCAUCUUCAUCCCAACCGCUUCACACUCGGCUGCGAAACGCUUCGGCGGCGCCUAGAAAUUCUGUCCAUGGUAAUGUUCAGAAUCGGCGACAAAGGGCACAGCCUUGGCGGAGUCCCACCCCCACUGGAAACGAUUCCGACUUACAGCCGGCAAUGCAAACCAAACUCUUGACAUCGGCGGUAUAGUGACCGAAUAGCGCGGUUCAGCGCGUUCGGUACCCCAUACCCUCGAAGCACCCCCCACAGAACUCCCAGAGGGACACGGUCAAAGUAUGAUCAAGUACCUCCUGAUCAAGUAUAGGGCUGUUCACACGGCAAGGUUUGGUCCGGGGCUGCCCCAGUAGAGCGUUCACACGUGCAAAAUAGCUCCGGAAAAGAGCUUAUACCGGACCAAAAUAUUUGCUCCGGAUGAAAUGCUCGUUUGCGAAGCAGCACCGGUGUAAUUUUGCACGUGUGAACGCAACUGGGUUAAAUUUGCUCCAGAGCAAAUGCUUGUGAAGAGUACGUAUGGCAAAAAUGCGUUGCUUUCGUGCUCUGUCGGACUUCCGUAAUGUGUUUGUUUCAUAACGACACAAGACUUGGCUAGUAACAUCUUUCCUUUUGUAGGAGACUGGACUGUCUCGGAGUUGUUUGUUCACAACCCCCCGCACAACCCCCAUAGAAUUUAUUUUGUGAUUUCCUCUCUUGAUUUUCUGUUUGGCGCAUUAGUGUUUGCUUUUCUGAGUGUCGUUGAAGUCAUCGUUCAUUUACGUUUUCUUGGGCGGUCACUCUCGGGCAGAAGGCACGGAAACCGAGAAGGAGAAGGACGUGCCGGUCCAGUAGUCGCUAGAGUUGUGUUUUCAGUACGUUUUAAAAAGAACCAACACGACAGCUCGUUUGUUUUCUGUCGUUUUGCUCCGCUGCAGAAACUGCCGUGUGAACGCCAGUGGGGCAGCCCCGACCGACACUUUGUCAGGGCUGACACUGUGUCGGGGCUGCCCCGCUCAGCGGUUUUGUACGUACUACGUGUGAACUAAUAUAUCGGUGCAGCGCCGGAGCAAAUGUGUGCCGUGUGAACGGCCCUUCUCAUGACCAAUAUUCUUUUUUUGAACAAUCAGGUGUUGACAAACUCACAAUCGUGUUGUGGAAAUUUGGCAAGCGGAUAUUUGAUGUUUUUAAUGUGUCAUCUUUUUUGGGCGAAUAAAGUAUGAAUCCCUUUUGA